GUCAAAUUGAAAAGGAAGCUCUUGCGAUCCUUUUCGCUGUCAAAAGAUUUCAUAAAAUGCUCUAUGGUCGUACAUUUACUCUACUGACAGACCACAAACCUUUGAUUGCAAUCUUUGGUUCUAAGAAAGGAAUCCCUGUCUAUACGGCUAAUAGACUACAGCGCUGGGCAACAAUGCUCCUGAGUUAUGAUUUCAAUACCAAGUAUCAGUCGACAAAUAAUAUCGGUCAAGCCGACGCUCUCUCUCGAUUAAUUGGGGUUCAGCAUCCUGGACCAGAGGAUAUAAUCAUUGCCUCCAUAGCAGUAGACCCAGAAAUACGAAAUAUAGUGGCAGAUGCCAUUCGAAACACUCCAGUGUCGUCAGAUGAAGUCAGAGAAGAAACUCUUCGAGACCCGAUUCUACAAGAAGUUAGAAAGUUCCACCUGGAAGGAUGGCCCGCGAAGAUCAGUUCCACAGAGCUUCAACAGCUUUACCAGCGUAGACUCUUUCUCAAUCAUCGACGACUGCCUGCUGUUUGCCGAACGUGUCAUAAUCCCAAAGAAGCUACAACCAGCAGUGCUUGAACAGUUGCACGCAGGACAUCCUGGAAUAAAUCGCAUGAAAGCAUUAGCACGAAGUUAUGUAUGCUGGCCGCAUUUAGACACCCAACUGGAGCAGCUAUCCCGUUCAUGUACCAAAUGUGCAUUAGCAACGAAAGCACCGCGAAAAGCAGAGCUGCAAUCAUGGCCAAUACCACAGUCACCGUGGCAGCGUAUACACUUGGACUUUGCUGGUCCACUUCAUGGACAAACUUACCUUUUGGUAGUUGAUGCAUAUAGCAAGUGACCAGAUAGACAGCAACGAGAUUCAAUAUCGAUUACCUCUUGAUGUUAUGCUAGACACCUUUGAAAUCAAAACGCCUGGAACAGACAGGUCAGUUUCUGUUCAAGCAAAGAGUGAUACUUCUUUAUUGCCUAGACGAUGGACAAAUCGAAAGCACAGGCCAGUCACUCGGUUGCAGUUGGACCCUAGCACCAGAUCCUAC